GAAAGAAAUUGUGUUUAGAAACAGCCAGAUAUUCAAUUUUUUCCAUCUUUGUUCUCUGAUUUUUCAGCUCGUGAAUGAAUCCCGUAUCUCUUGACUCUUCUAAGUUUUUUACUUUACUUUGACUGCUCACAGAAAUGAAAUGGUCUACUGCUAACAGUUAGGAAAUGGGGUGAGCUCAGGACACUUUGUAUAUUCGAUUGAUAUCAUCUAUGAUAUCUAUGAUAUGUUUCUAUGAUUCGGGAGUGUAUGUAAUUAUGUUAUGUCUUAUACGCACACUAGGUGGCGAUUCUCCACACCAAAUAAUUCAUCUAUAAAACUCCAGAAUCUCUUUUGCCUCCUGAGUUCUAAUUUUGUCAGGAGCAGGGGAUAAACACAAAAUAAACAGCAUGCAGGCAGAUAUGAAAUUCCAGAAACCUCCAUUUACUUUUCUCUUCUUCUGAAGGCACAUCACAUUUUACGCAAUGUAAAACAUACAAAGAAAAUUCCAUCACUUCUAUUCUGUCCUACACAACAUACAGGUACAUGCAGUUAUUUACAGCCCAGCUUUGGAAGUCAAGAAAACUGGAUCUUUACUCAUAGAUGCAGAACCAUCUGAUUAAAUUUAUGAGUUUAAUCAAGUCCCUAGGGAUCUAGUGACCUCAUUAAAUCUAAGGGAAUCUUUCCCUGCAUGCUGGAAGGACUGAGUUUCAUAUGAUUCUCCUCUUAUUCCAGUUUCCCUCCUGGAGAUUAGAAGCCCUUUCCAAAUUUGUGCUUAUUCCCUCGUAGGAGAUUUUCAGAAGGGUUUUGAUCUGAUUGCUGUUUCUUUCAGUGGCAGACAGGGAAAAACCAGCCCUAUAAGCAGAUGUGUUUGUUAUCCUACCUGUGCUCUGGAGCCUUAGGCUGGGGUAGCUUACAACAGGAUAUGUUCAGAUCAAAUUGGUCUUGUUCCUUUUCCUCUGCUAUUCUGAAAGAUGGUUUUUACCCUCCUAGAAUAUUACUUGGAAGACAGCUUAGGAAAAGAGAUGAAUAACAGAUGUUUUCUCUGUUACAAACACAAAACAACCACAAAGUCAAACAGGAGACUCUUAUCUUCCUGCUUUUUUUUCCCCUUCCCUUUAGAACCUGAUUGCUGUGUCUGUAUUUACGUGUGAUCUUAUCUUGAAAGCAGCCUGAGUAUACAGCUCUCUGAUUUCAUUAGUCGCCCUGCACAAGUGCUAAUCAGACACGUCUCAAGGUGCAUUACAACCCAAAGCCUUUUUGAUUUACAGGGAAGAGUUCACUUGAAACCAAGCCUUUCUCACACCAGGUAUGAAAACAACCUAAACUGAAGCAAUCUGUCAAUCCCAAAAAAUGGAGACUAGCACAUCAACCACAAUCAGGAUCAUCAACCACUUUUGGGAAGAACCCUCCUCAUACUAAAUUUUUCAUCCUUUAAUUUAAGAGCAUGAAAGAGUGAAGCUGCACUUACAUCUCCUCAAGGGAAAAAUUUCUUUAACUGUUAGUUUGGUUCUACUGAACUGGACCCACCCAUCCUCAAGUUGUUUCUGUCCUUGACCUCUAGAUUGAUCAGCACUCUAGAGACUCUGCAGCUUUGGCUGUAGGCUACAAAUUUCAACAUGAUUUAAGGAUCUUAGGUGUUCCUGCUACCAUUAGAGGCUGGCAAACAUUUUGGCAUCAGAGUUCACAGACACAUUUGAAAGCCAUCCCAAGGCUGAAAGGACACAUUUGGAGCCUUCAGUUACUAUACAGAUAUUAGCUAAUGAAUUUGGGUCACAAGCUGUUCACAUUGCAUGAAAUCAUUCUAUAGCUGAGAAUCAAUGGCAAAAUGUUCUGGUUUAACCUACAAAGUAGGUAUCUUUCUUGAGCUACAACAGCGCACUUCAUCAGAGAGCAUACCCUGAAUCAAUCUGUAGGACGUAGCUUCACAAGCACAACAGACAAACAGGUAUUAACCAGAGGAACAGCUAUCAUCUCCUUUUCCUAGGUGCUGGAACAGGUUGCCCAGAGGGCUUGUGGAUGCCCCAUUCCUGGAGUUGUUCAAGGCCAAGUUGGAUGGGGCCCUGGGCAAUCUGAUUUAAUGCUUAAUUUAGCGCUAGGCAACCCUGCCCAUGGCAGGGGAUUGCUGAUCUUUGAGGUCCCUUCCAAGCCAAGUCGUUCUAUAGUUCUAUGAUUCUAUGAUUGUAUGAUUCCAGUAACCUCACUUACUGUCCUGUCUUUAGCUUUGGGCUAGGUAAUGGUCACAAGAGCAGGUUGUCAAAUUGGCUUAUGUUUCUGUGGGCAUGUUUCCCCUCCUGUGCUCUCCCACCUUCCCUCCACGGUUCUUAUUACUCACAGCAACUGUAAACCUAUUAUCACUGCAGAAAUUGUUUUUCCAAACAGUGCUAGAGUUGGGGAAGUAAUUACAUUAACCUUCCAGUGGAAACGUGCAUUUGGCUCCACUGGUGGUAAAUUUAACAACCUUAUCAGCCUCUAAGUUUGGCUGAUAAAACAGCAGCCAUCUGAGCAGCAAAUACUGCCGCUUAGUGCUCCUUUGCUCCUUUCUUUUUGGUCACUGAAUAAAGGUAGGGCAAGAUGAAGACACAUCAUUUUUUCUUUCUGCCAUUGUUAUUUCUCUCAGGUUUCCUGGCUGUAGAGUGCAUAAGCCCAACUGAAAGGAAGCUAAGGAAAGCCAAACUCCCGAAAAUAAAAAAGGAGAACAGUGUACUCUUGCUGAAAAAGAGCAACUUUGACAGAGCAUUGAAGGAAACGAAGUACCUGCUGGUGGAGUUCUAUGUUUCUUUAUCUCAAGCAUCUCAGAAUUUGUCUAAAGAAUUUGCUGAGGCUGCGCGACUGCUUAAGAAAGAAGCUCCAAGAAUCCAGUUUGGCAAAAUGGAUGUCACAGACCAACAUGAUUUGAGAAAAGAAUUUAAUAUUCAAGAGUUUCCUACUGUGAAAUUUUUUGUGGAUGGCAUCAGGGAAGCUCCUAUAGACUGCAAAGGAGUCAGACAGGCCUCAGCUUUUAUCACAUGGCUCAAAAGACGAACAGGACCCAGCACAGUUUUAAUCAACUCCACUGAUCAGGUCGAAGCCAUCAUAAACGCUGAUGAUUUGUCGGUGAUUGGCUUUUUCAAGGAGCUUCACAAUGACAGCGUGGAAGUUUUCUGCGAGACUGCAAAAGAUGUGCCAGAGAUGCCUUUCGGGAUGACAAGCAGCAAGGACAUCUGUGCCCACUAUGGCAUCCAAACAAACACUCUUGUUGUGUUUAAGAAGGGAAAACCUGUGCAUAAUGAAGUGCUUGAAGAUGGCAGACGGAACAAACUGGAUCUCACGAGGAUAAUCAAAACCUUUACCUUGGAUUUGGUCACUGAAUAUAAUCUUGAGACAUCUGUGAAGAUUUUUGAUGUCCCUGUUGAAAACCACAUCCUGCUGUUCAUCCCAACGAACUCAAAGACAUUCAACACAACUUAUGAAAACUACAAGUCUGCUGCUGCUGAAUUUAGAGGGAAGAUAAUGUUUGUGUUGGUGAAUACUAAUGAAACAAGAAAUGGACGCAUUUUUGAGUAUUUUCGCAUCAGAGAAGUUGAUGUUCCUGCUGUAAGAAUCCUAAAUCUGACAAGCCAAGCAAAGUACAAAAUGCCUGCAGAUGAGGUGACUGAGGAGAACAUAAGACAUUUUUGCCAGAGCUACCUAGAUGGAAAAGCAAAGUUACAUCUCUCUAGUGAAGAAAUUGCCGAAGACUGGGACAAGCUGCCUGUCAAAGUGCUUGUUGGGAAGAAUUUCAACAGGAUUGUCUUCAAUAGGACCAUGACUGUGUUUGUCAUGUUUUAUGCUCCUUGGUCCUAUGACUGCAGAAAACUUCUGCCAAUCUGGGAUAAGCUAGGAGAGAAAUAUCAAAGCCAUGAGGACGUAAUCAUUGCGAAGAUAGAUGUCACAGCAAACGAUGUCCUGUCAGUAGUGAUGGAUCGUUAUCCCUUCUUCAGACUCUUUCCUGCUGGACCCGAUUUCCAGGAGGUGCCCUAUGCUGGGGAGCACAACCUGGAGGCAUUUUCCGAAUUCUUAGAAGAACAAAUCAAGAUGAAAGCAGAAACAAGAGAAAAGGGUCCUUCAAGAGGAAUGCAAGGGGUUCUCAGCCAGAAAGAGACUGUAAUAACUGAGAAAGAAGAACUUUAAUAGUACAGAGAGAAAAAUCCUAAGGAUUGUGGGGAAUGCUUCCUGGAAGGAAUUCGUUGC